AUGGUUGUUGACACUACAUAUUACGAUAUUUUAGGCGUGGAGCCCACUGCCAACGAGCAAGAGCUUCGAAAAGCGUAUCGAAAGCAAGCAAUCAAACUUCACCCGGAUAAGAAUGGAAACGAUCCAAAAGCAGCGGAAAAGUUCCAGGACUUGGGUGAAGCUUAUGGGAUCUUGUCCAAUGCCGACUCGAGAAAAGUUUACGACGAGUAUGGUGUGGAAGGAAUGAAGGAGAAGAAUGUGCAAGGGCAAGAUAUUGAUCCUAGUGAAUUCUUUGAGGUUAUAUUUGGUGGUGUUGCAUUCAAGGACUGGAUUGGUGAGUUGGGUAUGUUUAAUGAUAUUACCAAGUCUGCUGAAGUGUUCGAUUUGGAUGAAGACAAUUCCGGUCUGGAUGUGGCUUCUUCUGGUGGUGAGACUGUGGUUCUGGGCAAAGCAGAUGGUGGUGGUGGUAGUGGUAGUGGUAGUGGUAGUGGUGCCUCACCCGUUUCAGCCGGAGUUUCUCAUGGCGAGAGUCUGAAAUCUUCUACCCACUUGCAAUUGCAUUCACAUGAACAUAAAGGAGAGUUGUCAUCGGAUGAGUUGAAGAGAAAGAAGAAGCAAAAGCUCACCAAGGAACAAAGAGAGGAGAUUUUGAGAAUACAAGAGGAAGCUAGAGAGGCUAAGCUCAAGAGGAUCCAGGACUUGUCUGUUAUAUUGAAAGAGAGAUUGGACAAUUAUAGAGCCGCUGUGAUGAAUAAAGAAGGAUUGCAACAUUUCACCACAAAGUUGAAACAGGAGCUUGACGACAUGAAGAUUGAAAGUUUUGGUAUACAAUUGCUACACUUGAUUGGAAAAAUAUACACCAACCAAGCAAAUGCCACCCUAAAAGCCGCCAAGAGUUUUGGUAUCACCAAAAUCUACACUUCUGUGAAAUCAUCUACAGAAACCGUCAAGAAUGGGUAUAGCAUCAUAAAAUCGGCCUUGGACACGCAAGAGACAAUGGAAAAGGUGAUGAAAGAGCAAGAGGCUUUCCAAUUGAAGCAAGAACAAGGAUAUACCCCAACUCAGGAGGAAAUGUUUCAACAAGCUGAAAGAGAACGAUUUGUUACUGGUAAAUUUCUUGCAACUGCUUGGUCAUUGGUGAAAUUUGAAGUGACCAACGUGCUAAAUAAAGUAUGCCAAACUGUAUUGAAUGAAAAGGGGAUUGGUAAAAAGGAAAAGGUUGCGAGAGCUAAUGCAUUGUUGUAUAUUGGAACGCAAUUGUUGAAUGAGCAGAGAUCGGCUGAUGAGGAUGAAGAGGCUAGAAUAUUUGAGGAGAUGAUGGCGGAUGCAAAGAUGAAGAAAGCUAAUAAAAAGAAACAACAUACUUUCUUUUAA